UUAGGAUGACCUGAAAAUGGCAGCCUCCGUGAGAAGUGUCCUUGGUAGUGGAGCAACAUUUGUAUUAAAUAACACAAAAUAUUGCUCAUUUUGUAACGUUCACAUUAGAAAUGCAUCAUGGUCCAAGUUUUUCAAAAAGUCAAAAUCUGUGGAAGGUGAUAAAGAAGAGAGUGUCCGUAAAAUGGUUCCAUUUGAUGGUCCCACCACAAUGUCCAGACUACAGACACUGAAGAAAAAAACGUCAGUGUGCAGUGUCAAAGGUUACACGCCUCCCCCUGAUGUAGAGCAGAAAGUUGUGGCUAUGGCAGGAUCAAUUGUUGGCGCCCAGAUAGAUCCCAGCUACAGACUUGAUGACCGUCUUCUCAAGUUUAAGUUGCUGACCAAACUGAUGACAGAGUUUGACCACUCCAUCCCUCACGCUGACCUCAGCACCAUGAACACAGUACAAGAUGUCGUCCAGUUUUUUGCCACACCUGUCCGCGACACGUCCAGCUACGAAGACAUGGCCAAGUUGAACCUGCCCAAAAACCUGCACAUCCAGCUGGAGCCGGUGAGGUUUGAUCCGGAGACGGACACUUUCUUUGACGGGAAAACUGCCUUCCCUGGCCGGCCGACUAUAGUGACAAGCUUAAAGUACAGCAGGAAGUAUAAGGGUAAUUCAGGCCAGUCAAGGAACUCACGGAGCUUGACAAACUAUGAGACACGGGGGCGGUAGUCACAUGCUGAGGUCAAGUUGAGAGACGGGGGUGGUAGUCACAUGCUGAGGUCAAGUUCCAUCUGGAUUGUUUUGUCUGUCUAGGUUCUACAUGUCUGUUGUCUGUCUGGGUUUUAUUUGUCUGUAGUAUUGUACUAUACAAUAAAUGCAUUGAAUUGUAAUAA